UGGAGGGUGUUUUACUUAUUGUUAAUAUCAUUAUUUCAUUAUUAACAGAUGGAAGAAUAAUGAAUCGCUUUUGCAACAUGCAGUUAUGUGAUACUCCGAACAAAGUGACUAAUUGCAACUAGACAUGAAAGGUCAUAAUUCUCAUAUUAAUUCUCUGAAAUGCAUUAAAAAUAGAUACUUCAAACUCUCAUAGAUACCUGUACAAUCAACAGAACUGACGGAAUCCAUAGGAAAAGAAAACAGAUGCUUUCUCCAUUAAUUGUAAUAUUGUGCUGUAUAUUGGUUGUGAAAUCUGAACCAUGCCUGGGUAUCCAAGAAAAUGCAAUGUUAUCUGGUAUAAAAGCCUCCAUAAAAACAUUAGAAGAAAAGUUGGACGGAAAAUCCCCGAAAUGUAGCGCAGGAUGGAAUGAUUUUAAAGACCGCUGUUAUUUCUUUGCCACUGACAAAAAGCCGUGGCAUGAAGCAGAAGUAGAGUGUCGAAAUCUAGGAGGGUACCUUACACAAGUAACUGAUUCUGCAGAAAAUUCCUGGAUUGUUUCCAUGAUUACUAGUAAAAAAGUGAUUCAACAGAACUACUGGAUUGGGGCAACAGAUUUUACAGAGGGUGAUUGGAGAUGGGUGAAUGAUCUGUCUAAAGUACAAUUUACCAGUUGGAGCUCGGGUCAACCUGAUAAUCAUCAAGGCAAGGAGGACUGUGCUCAUCUCAGGCAUACACAUAACUAUAAAUGGAAUGACCAUGAGUGCAGCAAAAUAUUUGGGUAUAUUUGCGAGAGUCCUCAGGGUUCUAAUUGUCUUCCAUACUCAAGAUUGUUAAAGAGUGCUGUCAGUGGAAAAUAGCAAAAUGCAACCUAGCUGUC